AUGGCGCUGGAUACGAAGGAUGUGCGACCAGAUCCCACGUCUGAUCUCCAUUGGUCGAAUUAUCGAGGAGCCAUCCAUGAAAUAUUUGCAGCCAGCGCAGGGAAGCAUCCCGAUCGCUCUUGCGUAGUCGAAACGGCGUCUUCGACCUCUCCAAAACGCGAAUUUACCUACAAGUCCAUCAACGAGUCGUCGAACAUUGUUGCUCACCACCUGGUCAGCAAUGGCAUCCAACGUGGCGAAGUCGUCAUGGUCUACGCCCACCGUGGCGUGGAUCUUGUCGUUGCCGUCAUGGGUGUUCUGAAGGCUGGCGCUACAUUCAGCGUGAUCGACCCAGCUUACCCUCCAGACCGUCAGAUCAUCUACCUGGAGGUCGCUCAACCACGAGCGUUGAUUAACAUCGACAAAGCCAUCAGAGACGCUGGGCCAUUGCACGAGACGGUCAGAGCGUUCAUCAACGAGAAGCUCCAGUUGCGGACCGAGGUACCAGCACUGAAGUUGCAAGACGAUGGCUCUGUCCUUGGAGGCUCUUUGAGCGGAGGGGCAGACUGCCUUGAACCUGAAGUCGCCAAGAAGGAGAACUUGCCAGGCGUUUUGGUAGGACCGGACAGCGUACCCACUCUAUCAUUCACAUCAGGAUCCGAAGGUCGACCAAAGGGUGUGCAAGGGCGUCACUUUUCUUUGGCCUACUACUUCCCCUGGAUGUCAGAGCGAUUCAACCUGACUGACAAGGAGCGCUUUUCCAUGCUGAGCGGCAUAGCCCACGACCCCAUUCAAAGAGACAUCUUCACUCCUCUUUUCCUUGGCGCCAGCCUCAUUGUGCCUCCGGCCGAGGACAUCACGUUCGACAGACUGGCGAAGUGGGCCAGUGACAAUGCCAUCUCCGUCACACAUCUCACCCCAGCCAUGGGUCAAAUUCUGCUUGGAAGUACAGAACCUAAAGUCGAGAGUCUCCACGCAGCUUUCUUCGUUGGAGACGUUCUGUUGAAGCGUGAUUGUCGACGGUUACAACAACUUGCCCCGAACUGCAGGAUCAAGAAUAUGUACGGCACCACUGAGACCCAGCGAGCUGUUAGCUAUUACGAAAUCCCGUCUCUCAAUGAGGACGCCGGCUACCUUGACAAAAUGGGCGACGUAAUCCCCGCUGGCAUGGGCAUGAUCGACGUGCAGCUUCUGGUCGUGGAUAGAGAGAACGUCCAAAGGCAGUGUGAAGUUGGAGAAAUUGGUGAAAUCUAUGUCCGAGCUGGUGGACUGGCAGAGGGAUACCUUGGCGAUCCAGAGAAGAAUGCUGAUAAGUUUAAGUGGAACUGGUUCGUGGACAACCAGAAAUGGGUCUACGAAGACAACAAGCGAGUGGCUGCGGCUGGCACAAAAGAGGCCUGGAGGGAACAGUUCAAAGGACCACGAGACCGCAUGUACCGGUCUGGAGAUCUUGGCAGAUACAUGCCAGACGGCAACGUCGAAUGUGUCGGCCGUGCCGAUGAUCAAGUCAAGAUUCGCGGCUUCCGAAUCGAGCUCGGCGAAAUCGACACUCACUUGAGCCAGCAUCCACUCAUCCGCGAGAACGUGACUUUGGUCAAGCGUGAUCACAAUGAAGAACAGAUCCUCGUAUCUUACUAUGUGCCAGAUAUGCAGAAGUGGAGAGAGUGGUAUUCUCAGCAAGAGGAGAAAGCACAGCGCCAAUCAUCCAACGGCCUUCUUCAACCCAGUGGCGUCCCACGACGCAGGACAUCUGCCAAAGAGACCCAUGGCGUAGCGGAACGCAUGAAGAUCUUCGAGCUCCUGACUUCUGACGCACGAGAGCUGCUGAAGAAGAAGGUGCCCACCUAUGCCGUACCUACGCUCUUCAUUCCGAUGCUUCGAUUACCACUCACACCGAAUGGAAAAGUCGACAAGCGCGCUCUGCCAUUCCCUGAGGCAGCUGAAUUGUUGAGUGCAUUGCCGAGGGCCGCAGACCUUGAAUCUCGCACAGAGACCGAGAAUGCUUUGGCUGAGAUUUGGGCUUCUCAUCUCAAGACACGAAACCACACAUCCGAAACACUACCGCGGGAUGCCAGCUUUUAUGACCUUGGCGGAGACAGUAUCAUGACCGUACAGAUCGUACCCAAGAUCAACCGCAAGUGGCAAGGCGCGAACAUCCCAAUGUCAGUCAUGGCAGGUGGACAGCCAACACUGAAGACCGUUGCAAAGUACAUUGAUCGGUCACUCGAUCCAGUCGGCCUCCGUCUUGAUGCUGCUGAUGAGGCUGAUGAGCAACAAACUGAGCACUACUCCAACGAUUUGCCCAAGCAGAUAGAGCUCCUGCCAAAGUCGUUCAACAGCGAGCUCACCCGCUCACUGGAUGUUGGAGUGAAUGUGCUCCUUACUGGCGCCACUGGAUUCUUGGGAGCGUACUUGCUGCACGAUCUCUUCCUGCGAUCUCCACCUAACCACGUCCUGGCCCAUGUCCGAGCACCAUCUGCUGCGGCUGGGUUGGAGAGGAUACGACAGACUUGUACUGCGUACGGCCUUUGGCAGGAAUGGUGGGCGACCGAAGGCAUUCUCGAAGUUGUGGUUGGGGAUCUUGAGAAACCACGUCUUGGGCUGAACGACGCCGACUACCAGAAAGUCGCCGACGACUACGACAUGAUCAUUCACAACGGCGCACGAGUUCAUUGGCUCAUGCCAUAUGAAAACUUGAAGGCAGCCAACGUCUCCAGUACCAUCGAAGCAAUCAAGCUCUGCGCGACUGGCAAGCCCAAACGCCUUUCGUUCAUCAGCUCUACCAGCGCACUCGACACCGAGCAUUACAUCCAGCAGUCAGAUGCAGGACAGCCUGUGUUUGAAUCUGACAAUCUCGAAGGCAGCCGACAAGGUCUUGGGACGGGAUAUGGCCAGACCAAGUGGGUCUCCGAGCAAGUCAUCCGAGCUGCAUGCAGUCGCGGUCUCAAUGCCACCAUCGUCCGCCCAGGAUACGUCUUGGGUGAUCCUGAAAACGGUGUCAGCAACACAGAUGACUUCCUUGUGCGUAUGCUCAAGGGUUGUGUACAGGUUGGAGCGAGUCCUGACGUGAAGAAUACGAUCAACAUGGUUCCCGUCACUCGAGUUGCCAGAGUAGUGACCGCUGUGUCAGUGUAUGGUGAGAGCAACACCGUCUCCCACGUCGAUGCCCGACCACGACUCACGUUCAACGAGUAUUUGGGCAUUCUGGAAGAAUACGGCUACGACGUUCCACUCGAACCAUACGAGACCUGGAAGCACAAAGUCGAGCAAUACGUCGAAGCUGGCAAAGACGAGCUCGCCCUCCUUGGUCUCUACCACAUGGUCACUGGUGACCUGCCAGCUGCUACAAAAGCACCCAAUCUGGAUAUUACCAACGCAGAGCGCGCCGUGCAAAUGGACAAGCAGCCAACCGCGAAGCCGGCCCCUUCGACUGUCACCAAGGAGGCAAUCGGGGCAUACCUGAAGUUCUUGAUUGAUAGAAGAUUUAUGCAGGAACCGAUUCAGCAAGGAACGCCACUACCUGCGAUCAGUCUCAGCAAAGAGCAAGUCGAGGCUCUGAACAAGGUCGGCGGUCGUGGCGGAAGCUCUUCAUAG